AUGACAACUGCUUCACCUACCCAGCUUACAUAUCGUUCUUUUGACAAUUUAAGCUUAGUUUUGGGACAUCCUACCUACCAGACUAUUAAAACUUUCAAAGAUGGCAAUAUCAAGACCUUUCAGUACAGCAAGGAGGGUGGAUAUCUUAGUUUGGCGUCGCCAGAAAACGUAAAGAUUAUAGACACUGAAAUCGCUGAACUUCAUAGCGAAAUUGAAAAGAAAAACAUUGUUGAAAUCGGAUUUUCUCCAAAGGGAACGUACAUUUCUACUUGGGAAAGACCAGUUAAACUAUCGGAAAAUUUGGUACACAAAAAUUUAAUCGUAUGGGAAACGGCAACCGCGCAAGAAUUGAUUCAAUUUACACAAAAAAGUCAGGCAAAUUGGAAUGUUCAAUGGACUGAAGAUGAAUCAUUCUUUAGUCGUAUGGUGACUGGUGAAAUUCAUUUUUAUGACAGCAAGCGUGUUGACAAAGGGAUUCAUACCAAAUUACGUUUAGAAAACAUCGCUAAUUUUUCUCUAUCUCCCGGAAAAAACCCAUCAAUUGCCGUAUUUAUUCCAGAAAAAAAUUGUGCGCCGGCGUCUGUUCGUAUUUAUUCGAUAACCAACUUUAAUUCACCAUUGGCACAGAAAAACUUUUUCAAAGCUGACAAAGUUCGGAUGCAUUGGAAUGAUCUUGGUACAAAUUUAUUAGUUCUAACGCAAACUGAGGUGGAUAAAACGAAUAAAUCAUAUUACGGAGAAAAGGAUGGUCCAAUACAUGACGUCGCUUGGAGUCCAAACUCUAAAGAGUUUAUAGUGGUUUAUGGAUAUAUGCCCGCCAAAGCUACAUUAUUCGAUCAUCGGGCAAAUCCCAUACAUGAAUUCGGUGUCAAUCCUCCCGGCUUCGGAAAUCUUGCUGGAACAAUAGACAUUUGGGAUCACGAAAAUUUGAAAAAAAUAACGACUAUAGAAGCUCCUAAUUCAUCAGAAUGUUUUUGGUCGCCUGAUGGGCGUUAUAUAAUGACUGCGACUCUAAGUCCUCGGCUUCGAGUUGAUAAUGGUUAUAAAAUUUGGCAUUAUACCGGUGUACUAGUGCGUGAAGAGAGUAUUCAGGAAUUAUUACAGAUUCAAUGGAGGCCAUCUAGCGUCGAACUAUAUCCAAUGCGUACCUUAUCACCACCACCUAAAAUUUCAGAGAAUUCAGCCGCAUUAGCUGUGAAACCUUCACCCAAAAAAGUAGGCGCUUAUCGACCUCCACACGCACGUGGUACAGCAACACCUGAUAUGUUUAAGCGUGAAGAUGAAGCAAGUAAACGAUUACAUGAGCAAGGCCAUGGAAGUAAACCGACAUCAGUAGGGACAUCUGAAGUAUCUACAAAAGCUGCUGUCAAAAACAAAAAGAAACGCGAAGCGGCAAAGAAAAAAAAGGAAGAAGCAAAUCUUGCUUCUGAAAAUAGUGAUGUAGUAUCACCAUUGUUACCAUCGUCACCAUCGUCAGUGCCAGCUCAACAAGGAAUAAAUAAUGAUAUAAUAGAUGCUGUUAAUGUUGCUGAACCUGUCAAAGAACAAAUAGCACCAAUUACAUCGACAAAUGGAUUAUCUCAGGGUGUAAGUUCAUUAUCAGAAACGGAGAAAAAGAUUCGAAAUUUAACAAAGAAGUUAAGACAAAUAGCAGAACUUAAAGAAAGACAACAGAAUGGCGAUAAAUUAGAGCAGACACAGUUACAAAAAAUUGGUACUGAAGCUGCAUUGCGUAAAGAAUUGGAUAUGUUAAAACCUUAA